AUGGCCCGAUCAUGGGAUGAAUUAAGAGCUGAUCACAAACUUGUCUUUUUGCUUGAAAGCUUAGUCCAAAAGCAAAAACAGCAGACACCAAUUGCCUGUCGUUUGUGUGAUGAAAUCUUCUUUGACAACAAAGCCCUUCUGAACCACUUUCAAUCUCAUUUUCAUCCUGAUGGGACUUUCAAUCCAAAUUCACUCAUCAGAAAUUUUGUGCUACCUGAAACUGAAAUGAAAAUAUAUUCAACUUCUUCCCAAAAUGGUCAUUCUUUUUUGGUGCCAGCAAAUGCUGCAAAUCAAAAUUUAGGAACCCCACCUACACCCUCAUUCCGUAAUCCUGUGGUUUCAGUACCGCCACAAAUUCCUGUGCAGCCCAGAGGGCCCACAUUUGCUCACAGGUACCACCCAUAUCAACUGCCAUCAAGUUCCCGUUCUGCUGUGGGAAUUGGCUCGUCGGGCUCGGGUCCUAGUGGCCCUCUGAAUUUUUUUUCUACCUUAAGGCCUAAAACACCUGAUAUUUGUACUUCAAAUAUUAUGGAAGGAUCAAACACUCGUUUUCCUAUGAAUCCCUGUACAUCUGCUUCACCAGGUCACUCUCGCUUUGUAACAGAUGGUAGUUUACCAUCAUGGAUCCCGAGUACCUCUCUCGGUAAACAUCCCCUACCAGAUUUAAAAAACGAGCCUGAGGAUCCUUUUGGGCACUAUACAAAGCCAUACAUCAUGCAACUAGAUAAGCCAAUUGAGAAAAUGAGUGAUCAUGUUAAUGUAGAUGAUGAUAAAAGCCCUGAUGAGCUGGAUCUGACAUUGAAGCUUUGA